AUGGAAGGCGAGUUAUUCUUUAAAGUUUGGAGGAAUUUAUAUCUAAAGAGAACAAUAUUUCACCAUUUAUAUUUAUAUAAUAUAGUAAAUGAGCAUUGUAGUAUAGGUUCAAAUUGGUUUUGUAAAAAGUCUUUACAAUUAUUUAAAUAUCCAACAUACAUAAAAGAACUACAUUAUUUUAGUAAUACAACAAAUAAUAAUACAAUAACUGAUUUAGAAUUUCAUGAAACUUAUUCAAUUGAUAAUCAAUUAUUAUUUAAUAAAUUAAUAAAAUCACAAAUAGAACAACCAGAAAAUAAUAAUAAUAGUAAUAAUAAUAAUGAAAAUAAUAAUAAUGAAGAUGAAGAAUUUGGUAUUAUAAUACCAUCUUCAAUUGAAAAAUUAAUAAUUCAUUCAAAUAAUAAAUUAUAUUGUGGAUUUAUACCAAAUACAGUGAAACAUUUAAUAUUUGAUACAGAGUUCUCACAAUCUAUAGAUAUUGGUAUAAUACCAGAAGGUGUUGAAAUAAUAGAAUUUCAAAUAUAUCAAAAUUCACAUACACUUUUACCAAAUUCAUUACCAAAAACUUGUAAAACUUUAAUAUUUGGUAAAGUUUAUUUUAAAGAAAUUAAUUAUAAGAAUGAACAAGAGGAAGGAGAACAACAACAACAACAACAAGAACAACAACAACAAGAAGAAGAAGAAGAAGAAGAAGAAGAGUAUGAUAAUGAAGGAAUAGAAAAGAAUAAUAAUAAUAAAGAAAAAGAAGAAGAAGAGGAAGAGAAUUAUAAUGAUGAAGAUGAUUAUAUAUUCCCAUUAAUAAAUGGAUCUAUACCAAAUUCAAUAACAUCAUUAGAUAUGGGUAAUUUUAAUUUAAAUUUACCAUUAUUUCAAUUAUUACCAAAUUCAAUAAAAGAAUUAAAAUUUCAUGAUUUUAAACAACCUUUUAAAAUACCAAAAUCCAUCAUUCAUUUAAAUUUAGGAAAUUAUUUCAAUAAUACAAUUGAUAGUAGUAGUAGUAGUAGUAGUAGUAGUAGUAGUAGUAGUAGUAGUAGUAGUAGUAGUAGUAGUAGUAGUAGUAGUAGUAGUAGUAGUAGUAGUAGUAGUAGUAGUAGUAGUAGUAGUAGUAGUAGUAGUAGUAGUAGUAACAAUAAUAAUAAUAACUUGGAAUCAAUAAACUUUGGUGAUUCAUAUAAUCCAAUUGAUUUUAAUUAUCAAUCAUUACCAAAAUCAUUAAAAUCAUUAGCAUUUGGAUUAUCUUUUCAAACAUUAUUACCAAUUGAAUUAUUAAAUUAUUUUAAUCAAUUAAAAUCAAUUUCAUUAUCUAAAAAUUAUACAAAUGUAAUACCGAAAUUAUUAUUACCAAUUAUUAAAUUUAAAGAUGAAGAUAAUAGAAAAUAUUAUGGUGUUUAA